UUCUCAGUAAAUCGACAGCGUUUACACGACUUCCCCUCAAUCUGGGGUUGACAUUUGUCAAAAUGCAGUGGCUAUCACUAUUGGUGGUCGGAUGCUGUUUAGCAGUUCCAACUCGAUCUAGCCCUGUUAGUCUCUCGCGAAAUAAACGGUCCUUCCAUCACGAACCUGAAGGGUACUGGAGCAAAAAAUUAACAUGGAAAACCGAAUGGGUUAAAGUAUGGAAAAUUGAGAAAAAACUAGAAUGGAAACCUGACUGGAAAAAAAUUCAGGUGCCGAUCUGGAAAGAAGUACAAGUUCCAGUUUGGAAAGAGAUUCAAGUACCAGAUUGGAAAACCAUCAAUAAACCAGUGUGGAUUGAAAAAAAAGUUCCUGCUUGGAAAGAAAUUCAAGUUCCGGACUGGAUAGAAAAACAAGUUCCAGCUUGGAAGGAAAUUCAAGUUCCAGACUGGAAAGAAAUUCAAGUUCCUGACUGGAAAGAGAUUCAAGUUCCCGACUGGAAAGAAAUCCAAGUUCCAGCAUGGAAGCAAAUUUGGAAACCGAUCUGGGUAGAAAUUCAAGUUCCCGCUUGGAAAGAAAUUCAAGUACCCGAAUGGAAGAAAAAUUUUGUACCUGAAUGGGUGAAGGAGGGCAUACAUGGAGAGCACUAUUUGGGCAAAGACGAGCACGGAGCUGAAUACACGGCUCACGAUUUAUGGAAGAAAAAACUUAUAUGGAAACCCGUAUGGAAGAAAGUAUGGAGAACCGAGAAAAAGCAAAUAUGGGUGCCGCAAAAGAAAAUGGAAUGGAAAUCGGAGUGGGUGAAGGUAUGGAAAACAGAAAAAAAGCAAAUUUGGAGAACUGAGAAAAAACAAAUCUGGAGAACUGAGAAGAAACAGAUCUGGAGAACAGAGAAAAAACAAAUAUGGAUUCCCAAAAAAGUCCAAAUUUGGAGAACCGAAAAGAAACAAAUUUGGGUUCCGAAAAAAGAACUUAUAUGGAAACAAGAAAAGGUACAAAUAUGGAGAACAGAAAAAGUGAAAAAAUGGGUGACUGAGAAGAAAGAAGCGUGGAUCGAUAAAUGGAAAAAAAUAUGGGUACCAGUUUGGAAAUCUAUUGAAGUUCCAGCAUGGAAAAAAGUCUCGAAGCCUGUUUGGGAGAAGGUGUGGGUAAAAGUUCAUCACCACCAUGGCUGGGAUUAACAGGGAAUCAUCUCAAUAGUUAGAGUCAAGUGGUGUAAAAAUGAGUCAUUUUUCAAAACUUUUAGCUUUUUUCUUAGUUACAAUAACCAUUAAAAAACAAAAGUAUUUCUUCUAUAAAAGGCGUUUGGUGGCAACCAAACUAUUGCAAAAGUACAAAUAUACAAAAAUAACCCUUAAAAAGUCAGCAUGCAGAAAAGAAUGUCUCAUAUAACCCAUAAAAAGUCUAAAAAUGAGACAUGCUGGGUUAAAUAUGAGACAGUCACAAAAUGCACGUUUAAGCUCAGUUCAUGCACUUGCGAAAUGCGAUUUACGAAUUGCGAAAUGCGUUCUUUUUGCCUUGCAAUUGGCCGCUUUCAAGGUCUUUCAAUUCGCAAGUGCAUGAACUAGGCUUAAAGGCCCUGUUAUUUUUUAUAUUAUGUGCUGAAGAAAAGAUGAAAUUUGAAGGAUAGAAAUUAGACAUGGUAAUUUAUUUUUUUAUUAGUAGAACUGAAAUAAAAAAAAAUCUAAACUAAUAAAGAAUACCUACAUAUAAUUCAAAUCAAAAUACACUAAAAUUACACCGUCGCAAAACAUUUAUAAACUGAAAAAA